AUGUCUCUGCGCAUUUGCCUUCUCACCCUACUAAUUGCUGUCAUGAUGCCCCAUUGCUGCCAGGGCAUGGAGCGAGAUGAACUUGGGAUGAAACUUUGUGGGAGAGAGUUCAUCCGAACUGUUGUCAUGUCCUGUGGUGGAUCCCGAUGGAAGAGGUACUCCCCAGAGCCUGGACAGGAAAGGCCUAACCCAUACAGAGAUAUUAUCGACUGGCUCAACAGAGAUUUCCAGGAAGAUCCUGAAGGCCUGAACUCAGUGUAUGGAGAAGGAGCGCGUGAUCCGCCAUCUCCAUCCUUACAUCAAAGAGAUCCAACCAUGGAGCAGUUGCGUAGUUCCCUGUAUGAUACACUAGUUGGAGAGGAGCAACAAGAUGUCAGCCUCCGUAUGAAGAGAAGUGCAGGACCUGCUGGAUCGUGCUGUCAGCGGGGAUGCACUAAGACUGACCUAAUGAAGUUUUGUUAAAGACAACAAUGCUAUUCUGUAGUGUUAUCAUCUUCCCAAACUUUGCCUGGCCUGUCAUGCUGGUGAUGGCCACCCAUAUACCUCCCCUAAAAACAUUAAAUAGCAUUAUUAUA